UAAAUGGCGGAAAUUUUAACAUUUUCAUCCGUCAAUUAGUUGUCACAAUCACCAUGCGACACUUUUUGAAAGAGUUUUUGAUGUCCAUGAUACCAUGGAAGGCUUAAAAUAUUUCUAUUUACUCAUAUUGUACUCGUUUAUUAUAAAUUUAAACAUUCAUAAAUUUAUUAAAGCGUCUGGCGGGAAUGAAACGACCGCCUCUGAGCCUAUUUCAGAAACAGAAAAAAACAUUUUGGAAGAAAGUAACGUUCUUUGCGACCCGAAACGACCGAAUAUCUUUGUAGAUAGAAAUAAUUUACUUGGUAAAAAUCAUCCAGAGAAACAAAAUUACAAAUUAGCCGAGUUUACUUACGGAAAUGGGCCAAACGGACCAGCACAUUGGGCGAAAAUUUAUAAACAAUGCGGUGGAAAACAUCAAUCGCCUAUAGAUAUAGAUCUAUCAACGUUAAAAAACGUUCACAUGCAAAAAUUAACUUGGGAUAGUGUCUAUAGUCAAAUGCCGGAAAUGAUUACAGUCUCGAAUAACGGAAGAACCGUUGUGAUUAAACCGAAGUAUGCAACCGGAAAGCAAGCAGGUAUACAGGGUGGCCCGUUAAGUGCAAUGUACAUUUUGGAUCAUAUCCAUUUCCAUUGGGGAUCCAGCGAUCAUAAAGGUAGCGAACAUACGAUAAACGGAAAAAGUUUCCCGAUGGAAAUGCACGCUGUUCAUUUGAAAGAACAUCUUACUUUAGAACAAGCUGCUAAAGUCUCAGAUGGGAUUGCAAUUGUUGGGUAUUUCUUUGAAAUAGAAUCUCAUUGUCAUAAAGCGAUUCAAUACAUCCAACAAGUUUUUGGAUUAGCCACUUUAGAUGUUGGUUUAGAUGUGCCAUUAACGAAUUUAUUUCCUCUAAGAAAUUUGGCUGAAGAAUUCGGACCCGGAUAUGUAACUUACAACGGUUCAUUAACCGAACCACCUUGUACGGAGCACGUCAUUUGGAUUUUAUCCCCUUUUUACGUGGGGAUUACGGUAAAUCAAUUAAAAAAUUUCCGGAAAUUAUACGAUUCAUCGAAAGGACUCGUAAAUAAUUUCCGGCCUUUGCAACCAAACAAUAAUCGAACCGUCGUCUUUGUAGUUUAAUAAUUGAUUAAAUAAAUAAAUUAAAAUCA